UCACACCCCUCCCAAAAGACCGAUCAGACCUCUGACCCACCAGCUAGCUGCCUCGCCAUGACAUAAACGUACAAAAAAAACAAAAAAAACCCAAGGAAAACUAAAGUGAAGGCCGUCUUGCUUGCUUCAGCUAUAGUAGCAUACUGCUGACACCCCCCUUUCCCUUCUACUUAGGGUUGCCAACCAACAGUCCCGGAUUGCUUCUACUUGCUCUACUUCUACUGUAGCUUGUCAUUUACCAGAAUUUAGGUGGUACCAGCAACUCUGGAUUAAAAAAAAAUUUUUUUUUAAAACAGCUCUCACAUUUCUUGGUUUCUGAGGUUUCCUGCUUUUUUUUGAUGAUUUAACAUUGUGCACAAACUGCUUCUUUCGUCUACAAUCAAUCAAAUGUUAUGCUGGCCACGGCUAAUGUUUGUGAUGAUGGCUUUUGACUUACUGCGUUCUCUUUCACCCAUUGUCAGAAUUAAAUUUUUUUAUGUUGGUUACAGCUCUAAAUGUGCCCUCUCAGUACAACGUAGUCAUAAUUAUACCUUAUACAUCACUUAUAAUGGUUGCACUGAUGAAUUGUCCUUGUUCUGGAUGUUUCUGACAUCUAAUCCCUGAACAGUGCUGAGGUACAUUACCUCACUGUGGUCUAUAAUAGCUCAUUCACUUAUUUAUAAAAUUAUUUUUAGGUUUUCGGGCCAUGUGAGACCUAUAUGGGAUUUUACGCUUCUUGUACCAGACAUAAUGCUAGAGCUCUCUCACCAGAACCAACCUCUGAGGCAAGGUCCGCUUGAAACCAGCUAAAUGUUCUUCCUGCCCUUAAGGCCUACAUAAGCCACUGUUUUUGUUUUGUUUUAACCAUUUUCAUUAAUAAUCAUAAAUUAUUUUGUUUAUGUUGUUUGUAUUUUUCAUUGAUUCUUCUUUCACUGAAGAUCAUAAGGUUGAUUUUAAACGUCCAUUCCUAUUUUUUGUUUUGUUUUGUUUGUUCCUUAUCCCAGAUGUCGUCUGUCCAUUAACACCGUGGUGUCGUUCAAGUCACGCCCGGCUGGGGAGCCCACUGGGCGGGCUGCAGAGCCAUGUAAAGACCGGGGAGCCUGAAUCUUUUAUCGCGGGAAUGACCACUCUGCAGAUAGCACGAUUGCGACACUGCUGCUUGCUCCUGCAUGGCCGCACAUUUCUCCACUCAUCUCCCCGUUUGCAUCUGCCAAGAGCACGUUAAAGAAGCGGGGACAUUGUGCUUCUUUUUAGCCGGGUGCCGCUGCGCACUAUCGGUGCGCUCCUGCAGAUUGACUGCGCCCAAGUAGCGGUCAAUGGAGUUCUUCAUGCCUAUCCUCGGAUAGACACUUUCCCACAGUGGGAUCCAACGCUCAGACGCCCCUUUGUUAUCCAUUAUUGUGUCGGUCCAAAUCUCAGUGGAAGAAAAGCAUAAAAAGAGCGUCAUCUGCAAGUUUACGCGCGCCAGGCAGCUUCUGGACGAUGGCGGUCCCGGUGAGAGCAGCGCUGCUUCUCCUGGUUGUCACCGUAUCACAAACUGCCUUGUGUGCAGAGGUGGAGGAGCGUCUGGUGGGUCACCUGUUGUCGGCAGACCGCUACAACAAACUGAUCAGGCCGGCUGUCAACAACAGUCAACAAGUCACCAUUUUCAUCCAAGUGUCGCUCGCACAGCUCAUCAACGUGAAUGAGAGAGAACAAAUAAUGACCACCAACUGUUGGCUCACUCAGGUUUGGAACGACUAUAGAUUAAUGUGGGACCCUGAUGAAUAUGAGGGCAUCAAGAAAAUCCGCCUGCCGACACAACACAUUUGGCUGCCAGACAUCGUCCUGUACAACAAUGCUGACGGCACCUAUGAAGUCUCCUUCUACUCCAACGCGGUGGUCUCCAACAAUGGCGAGGUGGCCUGGCUCCCUCCCGCCAUCUACAAGUCGGCUUGCAAGAUCGAGGUCCGCGACUUUCCCUUCGACCAGCAGAACUGCACCCUAAAGUUUCGCUCGUGGACGUACGACCACACCGAGAUUGACCUCAUCCUCCUGAGUGACUUUGCCAGCCGCGAUGAUUUCAAACCCAGUGGAGAAUGGGACAUUGUAUCGCUCCCGGGCCGCAAGAAUGAAGACCCCGAUGACAUCAGGUACCUGGAUAUCACUUAUGACUUUAUCAUUAAGCGAAAACCUCUGUUCUACACCAUCAACCUGAUCAUCCCUUGUAUCCUAAUCACAUCUUUGGCCAUCCUGGUCUUCUACCUGCCAUCAGACUGUGGUGAGAAGAUGACGCUUUGCAUCUCUGUGCUUCUGGCCCUCACUGUGUUUUUACUCCUUAUCUCAAAGAUUGUGCCACCCACAUCUUUAGCAGUGCCUCUGAUCGGGAAGUACCUGAUGUUUACCAUGGUGCUUGUCACCUUUUCCAUCGUUACCAGUGUAUGUGUACUCAAUGUGCACCAUCGCUCCCCUAGUACGCACACCAUGCCUCCUUGGGUCAAACGCAUCUUCAUGUACCAACUUCCUUCCUACCUUUUCAUGAGGAGACCCGGCAGAUCCAACAUACGCGAGAGAUUCCGGAAAAAACACCAACAGCAAUCGUGCUCAGAGAAGAAAGCGGGGCCGGGUUCUUUAGGACUGGCCGACUCCUCGUCAUCUUUCUACGUCAACGAGGAGUCGGCUAAACGGUACGGCUGGACGUUCAGCGACUUUGCUGACAACACAGAGUUCAGGAAGAGGACGACAUUGAAAAGCAGCAUUGAUGUUGAGGACGCUGUGGAUGGAGUGCGCUAUAUUGCGGACAAGAUGAAGAGCGAAGAUGACGAUGAAGGGAUCAUAGAGGAUUGGAAGUACGUCGCAAUGGUGAUCGACCGACUAUUCCUGUGGAUCUUUGUAUGUGUGUGUGUGGUGGGAACUGUGGGCCUCUUCAUGCAGCCUCUGUUCCAGAGUUAUAACACACCCAUAGUUGAAGAUAUGGAGCAGAACUAAAAGAUGACACCUGAACUUGUGCUCCCAAUGUGAGCCCAUAAAUGAAGAACAAGAAAUCAACAUUGACUCUUUUCCCCUCUUUUAGCGUGAGCCCAAUCUUUUUCACUCAUCAUCUUCCUAUAUGUCCUCUUCACCUGACACUGAGAUGCACUUUAACCUUCUUCCUACAGUACUUGUCCUCCUCCUGACCAGCUUUUUUCAUCAUCCACGUCAAGCAAAAAAGCAGAGAUGAUUGAAUUUUGAAUGGGAAAAAAAUGCCGGUUUUGUUGCUCUCAUUUCAUCAAAGGGUGAAAAUAGUGAAACACACUAACACGAGUUACUGAAGAGGUGUGGGACCUUGUGGGUCUAAAUACAUCUUCUUUCUAUGACCUCCUGAUUUCAAUCUUAAUGGUAUCAAGCUAUUUGUCCUAGUUCACACUAAAGGUUUCUGAUGGAGUUUAGAUCAAGUUCUUCUGCACCAGACUCAUUCAAGCAUCCAUUUAUGGACCUUGUUUUGUGCACUAGUGCACAGUCAAAGUCACGCUGGGACAAAAUAAAAACCAGCAAUGUCCAGAAAAUCAUUUUAAGAUGAAUAAUUAAAACAUUCUAGGAAUAUUGUAAAUAUAUAACCUAAAAAAUGUUUCCAUAUAUUGUAAUAUAUUGUUGACCCUCUUGGCGUGUCAACAGAUCUGUUACUUGAGAUAAACACAAAUUCUAAACGUUAUGGGAGUUCAUCCAUGCAUUGUGGAUGUGUAAAAAGCAAUGUUCCCCCAAAAUGAUAUUGCUGGGUAAUGGCUUCACCUAAAUUAAAACACUACAUCUCAAUGGCCCUUUUCAAGCACAGCACCAAUAAGCCUGGUUAUUUUAUUUUAUAAUACUUCCAGCAGUAAUUGUUCUGCAAAUGUAAAUUAGAAGGCAAAUGCAAUCCCAUCCGUUUUACUUUAACCCGUGCGUUGGAUAUCACAUAAUAUUCCAAGGUAGCAUGCUAAUGACAUGUAAAUGUUCCCAAACCUCACUCAUGAUGACCUUUGUUCUGGUUUAACUCCUUGCUGGGACUCCUUUCUACUCUCCUGACGCCACAUGCAUGAUGCAUAAACCCGUUUUGCUUUCCCACGAGCCCAAAGACAAAAAACAAAACAAAUGAAUUAGUAUGGAUAUACAUUGUGCUAAAAGGAACGAAAUAUGAUGUAGAUAAACUGAAGAAGAUCUCCUCCAUGUGUUCUUUCCUAGAGGCACACAUGCAGUAUUAUUACUGAGAAAAGCAAACAUAGGAGGUUUGUGUGACACCCUUACAUACAGUUCUGUUGGUUUAUUAGCUUCUUGCUGCGUCAUAUAAAAAGUUCUAACUCCAGAGUAAUGUUAUGUUAAUGAUCACCAAAAAACAACAGCAAUAACAUUAUCAAGUAUUUUAUACAGGGAAGAACGUAAUAGCCAAACAGCCUUGCCUCUCUUGCUUUUCCUGUCUAAAAUUUACAUGUCCAAAUACUUGUAGUUACUGUCAUCGAUCACUGAGGCCAACACAAGUAAGGAAAAAAAGUGUUCUCCAUCUUUUGUUUUGUCUUGAAUCCAAUUGUUUGUAUUGUGGAUGGAUGUAAGGAAACAUGAGUUGAUGUCAGUUAACUGGAUCAAUAAAAUAGAGUGAAAGCAACACGCUGAUCUGAUGAAACAUUAAUUGUGUAGACACUUUGGG